AUUGAAUGGUGGGUAGACGAAGUCCAGUAUAGCCACCUAAUUGAGAGCGUGGCUGUGCAGUUCAGCUCCCCAUUCGUUCCUGUUGGGAACGUAUGGAAAGAGCUCGGCGUUCAAAAUGUUGUCAGUGAACUUCAGGAUGACUAUUUGGCAUUUCCAUAUUGGUUGAGGAUACAAGUGAAGCAGAAUAACAAGGUGUCUCACAGUGCAGCAAGGAAUCUGGCUCUGCGUGGCAUUACUCCAGUUGUAAGGUUCCUGCCCAGAACAAGCCCCAGAGUGGACAACAGUCUACCCGCAGGCAGUAUGGAGCUGCAUGGUGCACUCAUUGAUCAGACUGACUGGAAGGUGGGCCAUGAUAACAGCAGCUGCUCCCAUCUCUGUGAGCCAGCCUGGCUGGUGCCCCUCCCUAUGGACAACUGCACCAGCCUACCAAAGGUGGAGGUGGCAGGCAGUGGAGAGGCAGCUCUUAUGGAAAUAUUAAGUGAAGGUGUCCACAUCCACCAUUUCCACGCCCACCUCCUGGAGUUCCCAGAUGCCCUAGGAAACAAAUCUCAUCUGAGUGUCAGUGACCUUGCGACCUGGGACCCCUACCAGUCUGUACACAUCACACGGCUGUCACCAUCUAUAGUGAUAACAGGGUUCGGCAAUUCAACCCUGAGUGUCUUCACUUCAGACCAAUUUGAAACACACGAUGUCAUCCAGUUUAGGAUCCCAAGCAGACAAGAGACAAGCCUGUGUCUAGGCUGGAAUUCUACACCCCCAACCAUCUUCAGUAACCUGAUGUUUCCAGGCAGUCUCCUUCUGGCUACCUCAGCUGGAGUCUUACAGUAUCCUCUGGGAGAAUAUGCUGACACCACAAAGUGUGUUUGGAAGCUGAUUGGCCCCAGUGAUCUUCUGUCUGGAAGGUUCCAAGUGCUUGGCAUUGGAGCUGAACCUAAUGAAGGAGAUGUUUUGGUGGCUGACAUGACUGAUUCCAAGCAUCAAACAGUACCGUUACACUUUGUGGAUUUGAUUGACCAUAGGAACUUAUCAUACUGUGCUGUGUUAAACAGCACUGGUGACUAUUCAGCAUGUACUUUAGUUGAUGCUGCCAUCAGUCCAGUGACCAACCAAACAUUCCUUUUCUUGGUUCUAACAAAUGACAUGAAUGCAGAGAAACAUUACCACUUGAUGCAGUUCAUGGGUGAGCCAGGUCAGGGCACAUGGGAGGAACUGUCAGUUAUAUCAACUAAGCUGCCACCUGCAUCACAAUUUGACCAUUUCACAUGGUUAACAAGUGAUGUUCAGGACCAAGGACAGGACCAACUUUCACUGACAGGCAUGUCCUUCUUGGGGAUGGUGUCGCAGAGCCUGUACCUGUGGGGCAGUGCUGUUUUGUACAGCACAACAGAUGUGGACAACUUUCCCAUCACCAUCCCUCGGCACUGCCCCUACUCCUCCCUGCAGUUUGAAAUACCAGACAGCCAACACAAAAGUGACGUGAAAAUGUUCUACACCCGACCAGCACGUAUAACUUACCCGCAACAGGUUCAUCAGUCUGACUCCCUGGCCGUGUACUCUGGGAUGGUGCAUUACCUGACUCAGUACAAACCACCUCAAGAAUGGGCAUACAGUCUAGCAGCUAUUAAUAACUUCCAGAACCUGCUGGCCGCUCAUGAGACUGUACAGGAUUAUUAUAUGUACAUGUACUCAACACAGAACAUGAAAGAUGUGUUUCUCAGUCUGGAGGAUUACCAGGAACCAUACAACAAUGCCAGUGCCACACACCUUCCACAGCAUAUCUUCCUGGACACAGAAGCCUCCUUCAUAGUCUAUGUCAGAAUGAGGCUGCACCCUGUUCACCCAAAAGACACUGAGACGUACGGGCAUACACCCUUGGAUCAUCUCCAACUGUCAGUCUGGGUAUCUGAGCCCACUCUCCUGGAUGUCACCUCCAACAAGACAAUUUUCCACCAUAACUCUUCCGUGCUUUAUCAGAUUACUGUAGCAGACAGAGGUGUGUACAAACAGCAGCAUCCUCCCGGAGAGAAGUUACAGGCUGUGUCUCUCCAAAUGCAGCCCUGGAAUGCACCUCUGAACUGUUUUUACCAGGAGAAGGCACAGGGAGUGUUUUCCACCAGGGUGAUGCUAGGAUGUCCCCUGUCUGUGAAGGUCCUGUUUGACUUAACCACUUCCCUCCCAUACUCCAUCACCAAGUACAGCUGUCGACAGGCCAAUCCUGACAUUCCCUGCUUCCACUUAAGCAAAGCCUUCAGACCAUUCUUUAAGGUGCAUGACCUUGUUACCAGCACGUCUGUUGAGUACAAGGGAAACUACACCCUACUGCUUGUUGGUGGAGGAUGGAAUUCUCUCAGUAAUGUUGAGAUGUGGAGUCAGGACCAGAUCGAACUGUACAACCCUCAUUUCAGGGAUGAUGCUCCAGCCAUGUGGUGGCCAGGGUCCAGUGUGCUGGCAACUGACAGGGUUUUUAGCCAGAAUCAAAAUGUGAUCAGCUGGAUCUGGCCCCUGAACUCUCCCUGGUGCCAGCUGGUCCCAAACCUGGGAGCUGUACCUGAAUACUACCUGCUCUUUCGUUUUACAAACAAGGGAGUUGAUGACUCCACUAACUGUGAACACACCCUGCAGUUUUAUAUCCGUGUGUAUGGGGAUCCUGUCCACUACAGCUUCAAGAUAGCUCUACUUUUUUGUACAUUUGUGUUUGGACUGCUGGCUGCAAUUAUGUACUACAUCUGCCACCGCAACGAUGCCAAAGUCUGGAAUAAGGUGGUACGACCAAUGACCAUCAAGAUGGAUAAUGCAAAGACAUACAUGAAGAGAAGAUUAAGCAUAGUACUUGCACCACCAACAUUCAAGGGGGACACAGCAGAGGUUGAGGAAAAAGAGAGUAGUUUUCAUUGGAGAGCUGAUGAAGGCCUGGAUGCAAAAAGUGAAGCUGAUAAAGAGUCUUUUGCUACCCAAGUGAUUCCCAUGCCUAACAUCAUAAUCCAGCCUGGCAGUACGAUGGACAUGGAGCUGAGCCGUCGCCACAGGUUGGAACCAUUGAACAUCAGUCAUCAGCACAAAAUCUGAGACAACAUUGUCUCCCCCAUGUGUGACUAACUCCUACUGAACUGCCUUGCUGGUUAAGUUGUACAUAUAGCUGUAGUUGUGCAUAGCUGUACAUAUACUUAGUAGCCAAGAGCUUGUCAUUAUUUCUAUGGCAUGAGACGGAGACUUGAACAAGACUUAAAGCAAGUCUUUAAUGAAUGACAGUCAUCAUUUAGGGCUGUUUAGAAUCGCUCAAUAUCAAUGGCCACAGUAUGUCUUCAACUUCAUGUCAGAAGAUGUGUGUUCCAAUAUCCGUAGUGUGUAGCAGUUCUUACAUGUCCUCCUCAACCUGCAAUCAAACAAACUCAGGAUAUAGUAAUAUGUACAAUAUGUAGAAAGUUAAGGUAGAGUUUGUUAUCUAUAUCAAGAACCUUGCUACCAGCCAGUUAAUUAGGCUUCUCAUGUAAUUGACCAAGUAAAAGUGUUGUAGUUUUAUACUUCAUAACUUUCGGGCAUAGGCUAUGCCAUGUAUAUACAUUAUGCAUUCCAAUUGACUAAUAUUCCCACAGAUGUUCUAAGUGUCAGAAGUUGAAUUGAAAUGCAGUAAAGCAUGAGUCCUAUACAAGUCUACAAGUUUUCACUUCUUUUCCCAGGCAUGUAUAGAGACGGUUG